AUGGGUAUCAUUGACGGACUUGUAUACCGCAAAUACGAUAUCAUUGACAAGCAGAAGUUCUGGCAGGCUGACACGAGGCCUGUACACUUCCGUGCUCCUGGAAGGCCUGUCAAGCUCCGUCUGUUCUACGGAACCUUCAUCUUCACCGCCGCGUACGGUGUUUACGGAGCGGCUUCUUUGAUUCUUGGCAAGAAGUAA